AUGGGAACGCCGCCGAAUGAAGGCACCGAAGCUAUUUCCAACCCUCUCCAGCUAGAUUCACAGUCCCAGCCUGAAGCUCAGGCUGAUUCAAACACCACAAUUUCAAAGGGUUUGCCUGAUAGGGCCAAGUCAGACUUUGAGCAAGCGGAAACUCCCACCGCAAACGGGAGUUCCCAGCCACAGCUGAACGGCCAUUCAUCCAUAUCAAACGGUGUGGAGUCAAAGCAAGACUCCUCAGCAGCACACGUGCCCUCAGAGGCUGAUCUACUAUCCCCUGUCGAUCAGCCGUCCAACCAUAAAACCGCUGGCGUGGAAUCGGAGACUGCGGCCUUACAUCUAGGCGACGGUACCAGAAGCCAGGAUGUGAAUGGACAGCCGGAGAACCGUCCAGCGGUAGAGCCCACUGACCCUGAUGCCAACAUGGAUGCGUCAAAGGAAGAUGUUAAGAAGGAAGAUACAGCGAACGCGGAUACAGCGAUGGGUCAAGAUGAUGAGAACGACCCUCUAUUCUCAUCAACUGAAGCUCCUGAGCCAGCUCCAUCUUCAGAGCAAGCCCCAGUGUCCGAACCAGCUCCAGCCACGGAGCCAACCUCAGCUCCUCCAGAAGGGCAGGAGAAGGGACAACAGGACAUGGAUCAUGACAUGGGUGUCGCCCCUGCUCCCGUAGUAUCACAGGCUGAACCUUUGAAGACAGAGGACCAUACAGCGCCUACAGCAGGACCUGAAAGCCGAGAAAAGGAUAAGGAAGACCACGUUAUGGAAGAUGUGCCUGAAGUAGCUCCGUCAUCUACUGGAGAGGUAGCCACUACAAAGGUCUCUCGGGAACGCGAAGAUGAUGACGACGAACGGGCAGCAAAACGUACAAAGACCGAAGACAUUAGCUCUGAUCACCCAGUGGCUGGAACUUCUGCCCUUCCUCCUUCAUCUUCUGGAGAGCCUGCUCCUCCUGCGACUCCAGUGACUCCCGCCCCUGGUACUACAAAUGGCGUUCCAGACCUACAUCGGGACCUGACCAAGGUUCAGGUAAAAUUUCUCAUCCGCACAAUCCAGUCCUUAAGGCGCAUUAGUGAUGGUCAGAUGUUCAAGGCUCCUGUCGAUAUAGUCAAGCUAAACAUACCCACGUACUAUGACUUUGUCAAGCAUCCCAUGGACCUGCAGACUAUGGAAGGCAAGCUAAAAUCAGAACAAUACCGAACGCUCCAGGACGUCAUAAACGAUUUCGAGCUCAUGGUUAACAAUUCAAAAACAUUCAAUGGGCCUGCGCAUGUUGUCUCACUGGCAGGUGAUCGUCUGUACGAGCACUUUCAAAAACACCUCAAGAAGCUGCCUAACCACGAUGCACCUGAAAUCACUCCCGCCGAAAAGAAGAGCAAGAAGGCUGCAAGUGUGCCAACUAAAACACAACCACCUCGAAGAGAGACACGGCCACCUGUUCCAGCUCCCGCUCCCGCUCCUCCAGCUGCUGUUGUCCCCGCUGCUGCCCCCGCGGCUCCACGCGCCAGCAAUGCUGGAUCCCCGACUUUUGCACUUGGUCCAGAAGGUCUCCCCCUUAUCCGUCGUGACUCGACUACGACUGAUGGCAGACCGAAGCGAUCCAUCCACCCACCUAAGAAUCGAGACCUUCCUUUCUCCAUGAAGCCCAAGAAAAAGAAGUUCCAGCAAGAACUUAAAUUCUGUCAGGAGGUUCUUAAUGAACUACACAAGCACAAAUACUACGCUCACGCCUCGUUUUUCUAUUUCCCUGUCGACCCAGUUGCCCUUAACAUCCCUAGCUAUCACAAUGUAAUUAAGAAACCGAUGGACUUGCAGACAAUGCAAAAGAAGCUUUCGGAGGGCCAAUACGAAAACGCAAAGGAGUUCGAGGCAGAUAUGCGUCUGAUUUUCAAGAACUGCUAUAAAUUCAACAUCGUUGGUGACCCCGUGUACUCUGCUGGAAAGACUACCGAGGCGACCUUCGAUGCAAAAUGGUCUACAAAGGAUGCUUGGCUGCGCAAUCAUGAACCUGCCUCGGGCCAUCAGUCAGCCGGAACCUCCGAAGAAUCUUCUGAGGAGGAAGAAAAUGAGACCGACGAUGAGCAGGAAAAACUGACCAUGCUGCAGAAACAAAUUGCAGAAAUGUCAAAGCAGGUUGAGGCAAUCACCAAGAAGAAAAAGACCCCCCCUGCCUCGAAGAAGCUGGGCAAGUCUAAGAGUAAAAAAGAUGUGAAGAAAGGUGCCGCCAGAACGGCCGACAAGAAGGAUAAGAAGAGCGGCGGCUCAAAGGUUAAGGGAGAGAAGGGUGGCCGCUGGGUCACCUACGAGGAGAAAUCCUUGAUCUCAAAUGGAAUCAGCAGCUUGUCAGAGAAUAGAAUGCAGGAGGCAUUGGCUAUUAUUCAGAAACACGUACCCUCUCUUCGGGGAGUUGGCGAGGAUGACAUCGAACUUGACAUCGACGAACUUCCAAACCAUGUUCUUGUGAUCCUCCUCAAAUUCGUCAAGAAGCAUGCUGCGCCUUCUAUCCUGGAGGGCUACGAGGAGCCAAGUGAACCGGAGCCUCUCCCUUCCUUGCCCCAGCCGAAACCCAAGAAGAGCAAGCCAAUGAACAAGACAGAGCAAGAAAAGCAAAUUCGUUCUUUGCAAAGUAACCUGUCGAAGUUCAAAGGCGGCGCUGGCGCUGCAGUGGCGGCUACGGGAGGACCUUCUUACGAACAGGCUCCCAAAUCUGAAAGCAGCGGUGACGACGAAGACUCGGAAGAGAGCGAAGAAGAGUAG